CAACCGUACGGGAUGUGUCCUCAUCUCUUUUACAUAGCGCACCGCUACUGUAUCCUCAUUCACACAGUUAAACAAGUGCGUGUGUGUGUUGCAGGUUGAGGGAAGGGCUUGUGAACUUUUUGAGAACAGCACUCUACAGAGAGAAAAGCAAAGACUCAAGUGAGCCCUUGUUUGUUACAGAGGAGUAACAGCAAACGCAAACUGAUGAUUAGAGGUCUUAGAUGUAAAGAUGACAGAGUGUUAACAGGGGAAAGCAAGAUUUCUUACAACUUUACAUUUGAAUCAGAAACCUACACUGUGACUGUGGCAACUGGGACAUCGGAGUAUUCAGGCACAAACAAUUACAUCUAUGUUACUUUGGUGGGGGAACAGGGGGAGAGUGAACGCACCCUGCUGGACAACCCAGGCCUGGACUUCUGCAGAGGCGCUGUAGAUGAAUACAAAGUGAGCAGUCCCUCUCCGUUAGGCCGCCUGCUGCUGGUGCGACUGGAAAAGCAGAAGUACUGGGUGGAAGACAACUGGUUCUGUCGCUAUGUCAUUGUGACGGACCCUGACGGACACACAGCCACGUUCCCCUGUUUACGCUGGCUGAUCGGAGACACAAAAGUGGAGAUCAGAGAAGGAGUGGCUAAAACAUUCAAAGAUGAUGAAUUUGUACCUGAACUGUUGGCCCACAGAAAGGCUGAGCUAGAAGAGAGACAAAAAAACUAUAGAUGGUUAAAAUGGGCUCCGGGUAUUCCUCACUGUAUUGACGCCCCAACUGAAGCAGACCUACCCCAAGAUGCACGCUUCGACAAUGAGAAGAGAAGUGAUUUUGAAUAUUCCCUACAAUAUGCACUGAUGGAGUUGUCCUUGAAGAAACUCGCCAUCAGGUUCGGAAAAUCGUGGGAUGACUUGGAAGAUUUCAGACGCAUUUUCUGGAAGUUGAAAAGCCCCAUAGCUGAGUAUUGUAUGGAGCACUGGAAGGAGGACUGGUUCUUUGGAUACCAGUGUCUAAAUGGCUGUAACCCGAGGAUGAUCCAACAAUGCACAAAGCUCCCAGACAAGUUCCCAGUGACAGCCGACAUGGUGCAGAGCUCGCUGUGCCACAAAACCAACCUGGACAAAGAGUUAAAGGCAGGAAACAUCUUUCUUUUAGACUACAGCAUCAUGGAGGGGCUUCCUGCCAAUGUUAUCAAGAAUAAACCUCAGUACAUAGCUGCGCCCCUCUGUCUCCUGUACCAACAUCCAGAUGAUGGGCUCAUUCCUAUAGCCAUCCAGCUGGGACAGUCUCCAGGGGACGACACGCCCAUUUUCCUCCCCAAAGACCCUCCCCUGGCCUGGCUACUUGCCAAGGCAUGGGUGCGACACUCUGAGUUCCAAAUCUUCCAGGUCCUCUCUCACCUCCUCCGCACACACUUGGUAGGUGAGGUGUUCUGUGUGGCCACUCUGAGACAGCUCCCUGCAGUGCACCCAAUUUACAAGCUCCUGGCUCCUCACCAGCGCUACACUCUGGAGAUCAACUGUAGGGGGCGCACACAACUGAUCUCCUCCAACGGCAUCUUUAAACGGGUUGUGUCCACAGGAGGAGAAGCUCUAUUGAUUCUGGCUCAAAGGGAGUACAAGGUGCUGACCUACCGCUCGCUGCAGCCUCACCAUGACUUCACUGACAGAGGUGUGACUCGAAUCCCCAAAUACUUCUACAGGGAUCAUGCGUUGCUGCUGUGGGACGUCAUACACAAUUUUGUUUCAGGAAUAGUUAAUUUGUACUACAAAUCAGACUGUGAUGUUGAGAAGGACCACGAGCUGCAGGCGUGGAUCAGAGAAGUGACAGAGGAGGGCUUCGCAGAGCUGCCCAAUUUCGGUUUGCCCAGUUCCCUCAAAGGUCGAGAGGAGUUGACUAAAUUACUUGCAGUGAUUAUCUUCACGUGCACAGCCCAGCACGCAGCCACCAACAAUGGACAAUUUGAUUGGUGUGCAUGGGUCCCAAACACACCAUGCACCAUGAGGCUACCCCCUCCCACAGACAAGGAUGCAGUUACCAUGGAUACAGUCAUGUCCACCUUACCAGACAUCAGUCAGUCUUGUAUGCAGAUGGCCAUCACGUGGCACCUGGGUCGACCACAGCCAGAUGCUGUACCACUGGGCCACUACACAGAGGACCACUUCACUGAGGAGGCGGCGCAGGAUUUGAUUAAAACGUUCAGGAAGGAGCUGAAAGAAAUGGAGGAGCAGAUCUUAAGUGAGAAUGAUGGACUAGAGCUGCAGUAUUUGGUUCUCCUGCCCAGUCAAGUUGAAAACAGUAUCACGAUAUAACAAACAGACGACUGGUGUAGUAAGUACAAGCUCUUUAAAUUAUGUUAUUAGAAAAUAACUGCAUUUAGUUUAGGCAAUUGUGAGGCUGAGACCCAUGACUGUUUAUAAUGAAAUUUUUCUUUUUGUCAUUUGUGCCAUUUACUUUUAUAUUACUGUGAACUGCUGUCACCUUUUUGUCUUACUAUUUUUGAUUUUUUUUUUGUAAAGUUUUUGUAACGCUUCUAAGGGUUACCUGAUCGCUAAUAAAUACACUGCAUUCAGAGAU